UGCUGAAAGGGAAAUGCAGAGUUCACAAGACUCUUUACCAAGCUCUGUCAAAGGAGAAAGGAAAUGUUUUCUUUUCCCCAAUCAGUGUUCAUGCUGUCCUUUCGAUGGUACACCAAGGAGCGAAAGGCAAAACACAACAAGCACUUACCAAUGUCCUCAAAGUGCCAGGUCCCGAAGAAUCUGCUGAUGGCUAUGAACGUGUCAUGAAGAGCUUAAACUCUGUAAAAAAUGUUACCCUUUCGAUAGCCAAUAAGGUUUCUUGAAAACAAAUACGUUUUUAAAGCAAGUUAUGCUGCAACAAUAGCUAAGAACUUCCAGUCAGAAGUAGAAUCGGUAGAUUUUGAGAAAAAAGAAGAAGCUGCAAAGAUUAUAAACACUUGGGUUGAGAAUAAAACGAACAAUAGAAUCAAAGACUUGGUUAAUGCUGAUAUGUUCGAUGAAUUAACACGAUUAGUACUUGUAAACGCUAUCUACUUCAAAGGAAAAUGGUCGCAUCCCUUCCCUGUAGCACAAACACAGACUGAAAAAUUCUACAUUAAUGAUGAUGAGAUAAUGGAUGUCCAAAUGAUGCAUCUGACAAAGAAUUUGUUUUACAAAGAAGAUGAAACUCUUGAUGCUAAGGUAUUGGAAUUGCCAUAUUCAAAUAAGGAAUUGAGUAUGAUCAUUAUUUUGCCCAACAAGAGGAAUGGAAUUCAUGAGUUAGAGAAGAAAUUAGCCACAGUAGAUUUGUCCACAAUUACAGAGAAUAUGUAUAAACCUGAGGUCAAAGUAUCCCUACCAAAAUUCAAGAUUGAGACAGAUGUUAUGGAUCUCACCCAGCCACUGAAAGAUGCCGGUCUUGAACAAAUUUUCACAGAUGAAGCUGACUUUUCUGGAAUGCUUGACAAUCCAGAACGCCUGGCAGUGUCUCAAGUUGUCCAAAAGGCCUUCAUUGAAGUUGGUGAAGAAGGAACAGAAGCAGCUGCAGCCUCAGGUUUGCACGUCAGGGUUAGAAAAUCCGCAUCUUUCCCAGAAGAAUUCAUUGCAGAUCAUCCGUUCGUUCUUAGCUUAGUGCUAAGUAAUCCUUGUGAGAUAUUUGUAGGAAGGAUCGAAAAACCUACGCCUGCGCAUAUUGCUCACGAAGAGUUGUAAACUUGUUCAAAGUAAUUUGUCACGGAAAUGUAACUAUUCAAAAUGUUAUCAAUUACUAUGACAACAUCAGCUAAAAAACAUUUUCAAAUGGUGGCUUUACGUUUAAAGUACAGCGACUCGUAUUAUUUGGUUCAUACUGUGGCCAAAGAGUAGUAUAUCAAGGCAAGACAGACAAGGCGAAUAAAUUCGAGAGACUAUGGGGUCCAAAUACAUGCUGUUCUGAUUUGGACAGAGAUAAAUACGGUGUUGCCACAUAGAUAAAGCUAUUGUUAUUAUUAUUAUA